AUGGAUUAUAAUGUGAGUAAAAACAUUGUUUUCUAAAAAAUUUUUAAACAGAUUAUCAAAAUAUCGAUUAACAGAUAGACAUUAAACCAAAUACGUUUAUUAUUAUUUAAAUACUAAUAAGUAAUUAAACGUGUGUAUAUGCAUGUUAAAUCUUUAAUUUUAAAGUAAUUAAUAGCAUAAUAAGUAGAUAAGUGUUUAAUAUAGGUAUCUACCUAUACAAUAUUUAAUGUAAUAAAUAUAUAAUAUGUGUAGGUGGUUACAUCUAUAAUAGGUUAAAUUAUAAUUGUUUAAAAAUUCUUACACUGCCUCUAUCACAGACUAGAUUAAUCUGUGAUUUUAUUUUAAUCAUAAACUAGGUAGUAGGUACUUAAAAUUUACCUAAGUAAUAUAUAAUAAAUUAUUUAAGCACUUCAUAAUAAUUUUAUUUUUUUUUUAAAUAUAUUUCACCAAUCUCAUGUAUUUUGCUAUAAGUGAUUUAUAUAUAAAAUCCAAUUAUUGGUUACACCGAUUAAAAAUUGUAUUAUAUAUAUCUAUAGUAUUAUUGGUAGGUAUAGUCUAUUUAGGUUAAGAGUAGUACAUCCAAUGGUGUUUUUAUAAAUUGUUUUGAAAGUAUAUUGUAUAACAGCUUGUACCUACCUUGAACCUUAAAUCUUCAAAUUUUACAACAUUAAAGAACGUUUAUAAAUUUAAAAAAUUAGUAAUAUGACACGGAUAAUGUUCUCAUAUAAAGUUUGAUAGUAGGUCAAUUCACUCUUGAUAUUAAAAUUAACUGCACAGAUUUGUUCCUACUGAAAAUUUGUUGUGUCAUAUGGUUGUAAGAUGGAGUACAUGUAGGUAUAAUGUAUUGUUGUUUUCUUAAUGUAAAGAAUAAGUUUGUGUAUAACUGACAGAUGGACAAUAUCUAAAAUAUAUUAAUUUAAGUGUUACAUUAAUUAAACAUGAUAAAUAUAUAUAAAGAUCCAAUAAGGCAAGAUUGAGGAAGUGUUUCUAUUAAAUUGUAUAAAACCCCUAAAACUGAAAUGAAAUUUAUUCAGAAUCAUCAGAUAUCAUUAUAUAAUGAUGUUUAUAAAUUGCCCUGUACCUAAAGACCUUAUACUAAUAGACAUAAACUACCUAUUAGAAAAGUAUUACAAAAUUUAUUGCAACAUAAUGGACAGUUUAUAUAAUAGUGUAAUAACAAAAGACAAAAUUACACCAAAAAAUAACCAUAAGGCUCUUUGUUUUUUCCAAGUCCGAGGUUGCUAUCAUUUUUUUAUUAUUAUUAUUAAGAAGUCUGCUUGUACUACACUGUACAGUGUCUAUUGUAUAUGUAACCAGAAUUAUUAUAUAAUAUAAUAAGGAAGUUUGUUGUGUACAGUCAAGCAAUUUAAAUUUUAAAGCAUGACAAGAUCUUGAAGUCAGAUUUUUAAAUUUCCAUUCAAAUUCUCACACUUCAAAUUUUAGACAGUAAAGACAAGCAAAAUGUAACCUGGGUAUGACAGCUAGUUAAAUACUUUAUUUUCAAAAUAUAUUUAUUUAAGUUUUUCUUUUUUUAGAUCUAUCACAUCUUAAGUUGGUAAAGUUUUGUUUAAUUACUAAUAAUUAUUAAUUAGUAAUUAAAACUUUUCUAUGCACUUCAUAUAUAUGUUAGCGGUAAUGUAUGUAACACGUUAUUUUAUUAAAUAACUAGUUGCUCUAAAAAAUUCCUAAAUAUGCUAGUUAAUAUAUGAAUUACAUGGUUUUACUAGUUAAUAAUAAAUAGAAUAUCGAAUGGGUUUUUGCUAAUUUAUAUAAUUUAAACCAUUGUGUAAUAAUAAAUACAAAUUAUAUGAUAAUGUAAGACUUAAUAUUACUAUUAUUAUUAUUUUUUUUUUUAAUAUUUUAAUAAUUUAAUAAUUUAAUAAUUCUAUUAAGUUGAUGUUGUACAAAUCAGAAUAAACUUUUUGAAAGUGAAUAUUAAUAUUUUGUACAUGAAUGUAAUAAUAAUUUUACAUACAUUAACUAAAUUGUUAUUGUUAGCUUAUAAAAUAUCUACUUAGUAUGUAGAAUAACUAGUUGAAGUAUAUAAUUUUGUAUUCAUUCAAUACAUUAACUGAAAAUGUCCGAAAAUCUAUAAAAUAACUAGUUGUUUUAUAGAAUUACGUAAUUCCGCACAUUAACGCUAACAUAUAUUUAUAUAUUUAUUAUGUGUUAAAACUUCAUAUGUAUUUUAUUUAAGGCCUUAGUUUAUUCUAUAUAAAUUGGUAUUUUUUACACUUUUAAACUUAUUAAUGUAUUUAAAAAUAAUAUUUUUUUAUGAAAUAAUUUGUAAUAGUUAUAAAUAGUUAUAAUUUAGUUAUAAUUUUAGAUAGAUACCAUGUUAAAUUCAAAUUUAAAUUUAUUAUUUAGAGUAUUGAUGAAGAUGAUGUUGAAAAAUUGCGUUUAGCAGCUCUUAUGUCUCUUAAAAAGAAAUCUAAUGUGCGAACCAAUACAAUAAGUAGUACAUCAGGUGAAUUUUGUCAUAAUAAAUACUUAAAUGGUACUCCUUUUAAUAAUCCUGCAAAAAAUAACAGAGGAAGAUUUACUACACCAAAUAGAUUAUAUAAUCAACGAAUAUAUACAAAUGUAAGUUGCUUAUAAUUUAAUUUUGAAUAUAUUUAUGCUUAUUUUAUCAUUGAUCUAACCAUUUACAGGUUGGUUUCCGGAGACCUCCUCAGACAAAUAAUAAUUUGAUUGCUAUUAUACCAACUGAAAGUGAAAGUGAUACACAAAAGAAUGGUUCAACAUCUAUUAAUAUACCUACUGUUAUUAGUUCUGAACACAGGCAUAAUGAUGACUGCACUAAGCCAAGUAAUGUUCAGAAUUUAAAUAAUGAAGGUAUACAUUUUCUUUCAAAAAAAAAAAAACCUUACAUAUUAAGUUUAUUCAUUGUGAAACAUUAAAAUGAUUGGUCAAUAUUUAGGUAUACAGAGUGGUCAAAAUUUUAUAUUACAGCAAUUUUCUCUUAUAAAUAUAUACAAAAUAGAAAAAAAUGUGUAAUAUAAACAUUUUUUUGAUUUAUAAACAUCUAAGUUAUUUGUACAUUAUUUUUUUUUAAUAUCUUUUUCAGCUCAAUUUUUAAAAAAUCAAAUAGGAACUUAUAAUCAAAAUUCCUUAUAUAGAUGCAGUAUUAUUUUAAAUAUAUUGUAGUGUUCAAAUUUUUAUUUCCAUUAGCACAUGGACAAGAUAUUCUUUUUAGUUUAGGUAGGGGGAGAGUAGUGGAACACUGCUGUGUGGUGACAACGCCCAACGUUUGAAUAGUGUUUCACUAACACAAUAUUAAAACAAUAUUAAUUAUUAUUAUAAUUUUGAUAAGUUGUUAAUAAAUUAUAAUAAUAAUGUAAGUAACCAUAGACAAUAAAGACAGUUAUUGUCAUCAGUUUACAUGCUUUACUUAUUUCAUGGACCUGAGUAUGGGUAAUAUUAACAUUGCCCAACCGAAUAAGAUGUAUCAAUAUUAAAUAGUAAUAAUUGAUAAUAAUUAGUUGCCAAUUGAUAUUUCAGUAAUUUAAAUUCUUUUUCCUCUUAAAAUAUUCUGGGGAUAAAACUGAAGUUCAUAAUUAUAUAAUUGAUUCUUAAGUAUUAACUCUUGUAUUUGAUUUUUACAGUUUCUACGAAAUUCAGCAGACUAGAAAAUGAAUCUGGAUCUGAAGAAAGUGAGGAUAGUGAAGCUGAAAAAGAAGAAAAAGAAGAAUCAGAUGAUGGUGAUGUAUUAUUUUUGGGCGAAGAAGAUGAAGAUUUAGAUGAUCUUGACAAAUUAAUGGAUAUUAUGGAAGCUGAAAUUGCUGGUGGAGAUAUUAAAUCAUCUAAAAAGGAAAAAAAAAGUUUAAAACAAAAUAAUAAAAAUAAAAAAGAAAAAAAUACUGAAUUGAGAGUAAAAAGUAAAUUGAAUAUUAAAGAAGAUGAGCCAAUUGUUAUAAAUCAACCUAAAGUUAUUGUAGACACUAAAUCACCAUUAAAUAUACCCGAAGAAGAAUUAGAAUCAAUAAAAACUUUGGAAGAAAUUAGAAACUCGAAGUUAGAAACACAAUGCAGUUCAUUGAAAUCUCGUAUUCCAUUGAGAUCUCCAUCUCCACUUAAUAGAAAGAAGUCAAUUUCUCCAUAUAGUAAAAUUCGAAAAAGAUCACCUUUAUCAAGAUCUCCACGAAGAAGAUCUCCUUCAUUAGAUAGAUAUAGAUAUUCUCCAGUGCGAUUUAGACCUUAUCGUAGAUCUUUAUCACCUAGAAGAUCACCAAGAAGGUUCUCACCACUAAGAGAAAAAAAUCUCUCUCCAAGGAGAUAUUCUCCAAAAUCUCGAUAUCCAUAUCGUUCUCCAUCUCCGAGAAGAAGACGUAGGUCUUUAUCGCGAGAAAUUUCUCCUAGUAGAAGACGAUUGUCUCCAUUAAGAAGAAGAAGCAGAUCUCCCCUCAAAAUUAAAUCAAAAUCAAGGUCACCAAAGUUAAGACUAAUUAAUAGAAGAAGAUCACCUAGUCCAAUAAAAAAAGUUAUUAGGUCAAGACCAGUAUCUCCUAAUAUUCGACGUAAAGAUAAUAAGACUAUAGAUGAUGAUCACUUCAAAAAAAGAGAAAAAGUAAAAAUAGUUGAUAAAUUAGUAGAUUCAAGGCCAUUAGAUCCUGUUUUAGAAGCAAGAAAAAGGAAAUUUGAAUCUAAUAAGCCAAUUGAACCUACAAGUAAAAAAAUUAUUUUGAAAAAAACGAAUUCAGUUCAAGUAGCGAUUCAGACUGAAAAUAAUGAAAAGAUAGAACCAGAAAUAAAACCAAAAACUGUUAUUUUGACAAAAAAAGUAAAAACAAAUUCCCAAUCCUCCCAAGCCCCAAAAAAUAUAAGCAUUACAACGAAUAAUGAUUCAGAAACAGUUAGCCUAAGAAGAAUAGUAAAAGUUGAUACUUCUCCAGAGAAAAUAAACAGCAAAAAGAGACCAAGAAUUGUUUUUGGACAUGAUGAUACGAAUGAGCCUGUUGUAGAUGAAGGUUUGAUAUAAAUUUAAAAUAUUUACUUAUUAAUUUAAUAAUUAUAAUUUUAUGUUUUCAGAUAAUAAUUUUGAUCAACAUAAAGAAAACCAAAUUAAAGCAAAUUCUAGUGCAACAAAAGUAGUACAAUCUGAGACUUUAGAAGUAUCUAGUACAUCUGAAGGAGAGACAUCUGAGGAAAAUGAUGAAGAAGAAAGUGAAAAUGAAGACAGACAAGAAUUAAGUGAAAGCAGUGAGGAAUAUAUUGAAGAAGAAGAGGAAGAAGAGGUUCAAGGAAUUCAAGAAGAAGUAGAUGAUAAGGAAUCUAUUCAACGAAAUAAUACUGAUGAUUUAAGAACAGAAUUAAAACGUAGAAGAGCUCUUAGAUUAAAUAUGGUAAAACACAAAUACAAAAUAUUGAUUUUGUUUUGAUUUUAUUAAUUAUUGAUUAUAUCUAUAGAUUCAAGUGGAAGUAAAGAAAAAACCAGAAUCUUUUUACCCGGCUCGUUUAUUACAGUCAGCAAUUAGAGGUGUUGUUGGUUCAAGGUAUUAUUAUAUUUCUAUACUUAAUUGAAUUAUAGAUUAAUUUGAUAUUAAAAGAUUUUGGAUUUGAAAAAAUAUUUUUAGAAACAACUUUGGCUAGAAUUAAUUUAUUGGUUGUAAAAUUAGUUAUACAUUUAUUUACAUUAUUUAGUAAUUUAAAGGCAUAUUGUAGGUGUGUUAUAUAGUAUUAGUUGUCAAUUGAUAUUGUUCAUUUACAUUGGUGCCCAAACAUUUAUUUAUAAAAUAAUAAAUAAUUUAUUUCUAAUACAAUAAUUCUUAAUUAUUUUGUUUUAAAUUUAUGUAACUUCUUUAUUUUAAACUAAAUACUUUAAUAAACAAACUACUUACCCAUUUGAAUGGUGUACAUUUUGAAUCAGUAAAUUAAUAAUUAUAUUAUACAUCAUUAUUUUAAUAAAAUUUAAAUAACUUAUUAAUUUAAAAAAAUCAAAUUAUUUUAUUGGUCCAAAUGUAUAAUUUAUUUCAUUAUUUGAGUUUCAAAUUUGUGUUACCAAUUAGUUAAACACAGAAAAUUAAAAUAUUUAAGAGUUUAAUUAAAAUUAUUUUCAUAGUGGGUUAGUAUAAAUUAUUAUUAGGUUUAUAAAUAAAUAAAUACAUGAAUGAGUCACCCAGAGUAUUAUGAAACAUGUAUUGUACGACCGGUUUUGAAUUAAAAAUUCUUCAUCAGGUAAAAUCACAUAGUCAAAAAAUAAAAGGCUACUGAAUAUGAAAAAAUAAAUGAAGGAAUUAUACAAAUUGAUCGUUUUACAUAGAAAUAAUUUAUUUUAAUAGGAGAGAUUAUUUAAAAUGAGUUAUUAUUAGACAUAGAUAUGUUAAGAAAUAUAAAUUAUUUGGUUAUUAUUUAUUAUCUAAAAUUUAUUGAUAAAGAUAUUAUUUUUAAAAUCUGUUUGUAUAUUAAAAAUAUUAUUAAAAUUAUUUUUCUUUAUUUCAUUGUGUGUACGUGUAAUUCUUCUAAAAUUGAAUUGUUGUAAAUGUGAUUUUGGGUUAUUCAUUUAUUUAUUUAUUUUUGUAUUUAUUUAUGAGUAUUAACUAUUUAAUAAUUUUGUUUUUACUUUAUUAUUUUAUUAUUUAUUAUUAGGUGUUAAUAGUAGUUUCUUAUCAAAACUAAGUCAUGACAUUCUUAAAUAUUAUUCUUAUUAUGUGCUUAUAAUUUAAAAUAUUAAUCAUAAUUUAUAAUUUUAUUAAUUUUCAGUAAUUCCUGUGAAGUUAAAAUAAAGAAACAUUCUAAAUUACCAGAAAUAAACAUUAAAACUAACGGUAUGUUAUUUUAAUAAUAUAAUUAUUGAUUUAUUAUAUAUAUUAAAAUAAAAUUAUUAUUAUUUGCUAUCUAUUAAUAAUGAGAUUCUAUACUUAUAUUUGUUUUCUUUGUCCAAUAUAUACACAUAGAAAUUACAACCAAUUUUUUUUGAAAUUAGUCUUAUCAAUGUAGAAAAGUGACUAGAAUUAUGAAAACAAUAAGCAUGAAGUGCACUAAAGAUUGGUCAGGUUAUUUUUUUCAAUUUAAUUGGAGUUUAUUUUUAUAAACAUUUUUUCAUAAUAUUUAAGUACGUAUUGAAAUAAAAAAAAUUCUGAUAAAUGUUAUUUAUAAUUCUGAAUUCAAUUCUAUUUUCAAAAUUCUUAUCACUUCACUACAUAAAUUAAAUUGAUUGCAGAUAAAUUUGUUUAAAUUAUUACAUUGAUUAUGUGUUGGACAAUGAAAGAAAGUAACAGUUUUCAUUUUAAAAAGUAAAUACUUCCUUAAACAUCAGUAUAUUGUAUUGGUUUUUCAUGAACGUUUAUUUUUAUUAGCAAUUUUUUCCCUAUUUUCAAAUGUAGUGCUUUUUUGGAAGGAACUUUGACUGUUACUUUAGGAUAUUCCCAGGGGUUUUCAUAGUAAAAAGUUUAAAACCGGGAAAAUUUAUGAAAUCAUAAAUAUUAUGGCUUUUCAAAACAUCUAUAACCGAACUCCACUCAAAUUCGUUCUUCAUUAAUAAUGGUUAAUCUUUUGCGUAUAGAUAUACAUUAAAUUUCCCCUUUAUCUUCUCAAUUUCUUAUCUACAACAGUAGUCUAUCUUGCAAAGUUUUACUAUUUGUUUUUUUAUAUAUAUAUUUACAUGUGUUGUGUAUGUAAUUUUCAAAAUCUUAUUCUAUAUUUAAAAUAGCUCAUUAAUAGUCUCAUCUUUUAGGGUAUUCAGAUGGUCGAAGAGUAAUUGUAAUGAAUCGAGAUAAAACUAGGACUGAUACCAAUAUUGUUCUUCCAGAAAGUAAGUUUUUUUUUAUACCGUCUUGUGUAAGUUGAUAAGAAAUUUCAUCUCUAUCUUAAUCCUUUUAAAUACUAUUCUAUAGACAUUUAUGUAUUUAUGUAUCUUAUCUUUCAAAUUAUAAAUUCUUGUCAUUAUUAGUACACUAGAAGUUAUUGAAUAUUCCCAUAUACAAAUUUGAAUUUUGUUUAAUAAGCUUAAGCAUAUUUUAGUUAAUUUUAUUUUAAAUUUUUGUUUAUUUAUCAGUAAUUUAUUAUUUAGAUGAAGAAGAUUACAAUGAUGAAGUUAAAUCGUAUGCAAGUGUUAAACGACUAAAGGGUAAAUUAAAGAAAGUUCCAGUGCAUUUGAGAACAACAGGUCUUAAUAAUGACAGAAAUAUUCAAAAAGGAUUAAGGAAAAUCAUAAAGCGUAACGUAAAUGUUACAGAUUUCGAUCAGGUAUUUGAUGUCUUAGUGACAUUCAUUUUUUUCCUAUUGGUCAAUUUAUUAUAUGGUUACCAUUUUAUUCCUAUAAUAUAUUUAUGUAUGAUCCCCACAUUCUACAAAUUAUUUACAUAUUGUAGUUUAGUAUUUUUAUAUCAAUCAGUUCUGAUUUAAAUACAAAAUACAUUUUUUAAUAAUGUUCAUUAUAAUAAUAUUCAUUUAUUGUAUGGUUACCGUUUUGUUCCUAUAUAAUAUUUUUAUGAUCUCUUUAUCCUUAUAAUUAUUCAUAUAUUGUAGUUUAGUAUUUUUAAAACAAUCAAACAAAUCCCUUUUUUUUAUAAUAUUUAAACAAAAAAUAUUGAGUCAUUUUUUUUCAUACAUUUUAUCAAAUUCUUAAAUAUGUGUUAUAUUAUAAUUCAAGAUAAGCAUAAAUUAUUCUUCUGCAUUUUAUUUCAAAUUCAUCUUUUGUAAUAAAAUAUGAUUUCUUAAUUUUUGAAACAUUUUCAUAGUUUUCUUCACAUACUAUGUAGUGUUUACAAAUAUUCCCUUAUACAUGACUAUUUAAAAUGUCAAAAAUACUAAAUUUAGAUGUUCCUUGAAAUAUAGUACUCUUUAGGUAUGAUAAAUAUUAACUUUUAAAUGCUUAUUGAACUUCAUCUUAAUUUUAAUGUAUGUUGUACCAUUUUAUGUCCCUUUUUAUUGUUUUAUUCUGAAAACUAUUUUUGCUAUCUUUUAGUUAAUGAUCACAAUAUUGAAUUAUUUGCUCUUGAUUGUAUUUUCUUUUGGAAGAUUUAAUUUUAUGAUUUCUUUAAAGAACCUUUUAAAUUUUUUGAUCAAUUGAUUGCAGUUAGAAUCGUAUAUUUUCAUUGGAGAAAUUCGGCAUUUAUCUAAUCUAUAUAUUGAUUUUUACCCAAUGAAGUUGUCUAUUUCAUUAAAAAAAAAAUAUUGACAACCAUCUCUAUUAUAUAUAAUGAAAAUAUAUGACACUAUUUAUUAUAGUUUUGAAAAUUAACCAAGAAGAAAUUGAAGUAUUUUAAAAAAAAUUCUAAGAUCCUAAUCAUAGUUUCAUACAAAUUUAUUGUUUAUUAAUGAAUAUAUUAUAAUAUUCAACUAAAAAUAUUUUAUAUAAAUAAAUAUCUUACGACUCAUACAUUACAGUACAGUACUGGAAGUUUUAAAAUUGAUCAAUUGUCCACAAUAUAAUAGACAUAAUAAAAUUGCAUAUUUUUAUGUUUUUAAUAAAUGUUUAUGGUUUUUGAUUUUGUUUUUAAUGAAAUUAUUUGGUUAAAUUGAAUUAACAAUAAAUUCUAUGUAUAAUAUAAAACAAUUAUGAUAUGUAUUAAAAAUUAACUUUUUUGUUUCGCAUUUAUUAUUUCUAUCAAACUUUUUGAUUAAUUUAAUCUGUUUAUUAUAAAAUGCAUUAUAUUAUAUUUAAUAACAUUAGAAAAUAUUUGAUUACAAAAUUAUAUUUUACUAAUUAAAUUUAUUAAGUAUAUAUAAAGGAAUGGAGUGAAUAUAUUUAUUUAUUUUUCCAGUGCUUAAUAAAAAAAUUUAAGUUAUAAAUUUAAAUAAUAUAAAAUUAAUAAUAAGUAUAAUCACUUUCAGUACUGUUAAUUAUGUAGUAGUUUUUGUUUGAAAAAUAUUCUUAUAGUACAAAUUCUGUUUUGUGAAUAUCACUCAGAAUAUUCAGUUUUUCGAAGAUUUGUUUUUUUUCUUAUAAGAUAGUUUUAGUCAGUAAAAUUGUACACAUUUUUCACAUGAUAACUUUUGAAAGAUACAAAUUGUUUGAUUAAAGGUUCUGCUUAUGGUUUUGUAUAAAUUAUUAAUAAUUGCUAAUAACAAAUUGUGAACAUUUAUAAUUUAAAAGUUUUAACAAAAUAUCCAAUCGGUUAUAAUUUUUAUAUUUAUUGGGCUGCACAUAACCUGUAUGUUUGUUCAAAACUUAGUUUUAAUAGUUUAAACAUCAAAACAAAAACAGCAGCGGUUCCCAACUUGCGGUACAUAGAAUUUAAAUAAUUAGAGAUUUCCUUUAAAAUUAAGAUUUCAUUUUACUCUUUUAUGAAUAUCAAACAAUACAACAAGUUAAUAAAUGAGUUAAUAAUAAAAUAUAUAAGUAAAAAAAUUUAAUUAAGGUUGUACUACGCGUAUUGAUCAUAAAAGUGUUAAAUAUUACUUGGUGCUGAAAGGUUGGGAACCUUUGGUUUAUAGAGUUAAGAAGUAUCUUCUUGUCUUUGUUGAGUUGUACAAUUUAGCUGCAUUCGGAAUCUUUUUUUUUUUUUUUUAUGCAAUGAUUAAUCUAUAGUAUAUUUACUAUAGAUUACCAAAUCAAUGGUCUAUCUAUGGUGUGAAGGAUGUCUGACUUUUUAAUACUCGUUUUUUACACAUUUUUACUGAAUGAAAUAAGUUUGUUUUCUUUUAUACAUUUUUAAAUUUAAAUAAUAAUUACAUAUAGAUUAGAUUUUAGGCAUAUUAUAAUUGUACACAAUAGUGUAUUACUGAAUAAUGUUACUGGUAAAGUGUUUAAUAUAGGAAUUCCUUAGAAAUCUUAGGAAUUUUACAGAAUCCCUUAUAUUAUUUUGCAAUGUAUUUAAUUUGAAUAGUAUUCUAAAUUUUAUUUAUUAUUUUAUUAUAUUUUAUUUAUUCUUUACAGUCUUCAGUUGUUGCAUGCCAUUUUGAACUGUAUACAAUAUUAUUUUUUACAUAAACAUUUUUUAGUUUAAUGUUAAAUCAUGCAUGUGCAUUUUACAAAGCCUUGUGCAGUUUCUCUAAACCAGGGGUUGGCAAUAAGCGAUUCACCGGCCAAAUCUGGCCUGUGAAAAGAAAACAGACUGAUAAUUUUUUUUUUGUACUUUCGGUUUUUGUUAUUUUUCUUUGUGUAGAUCCAGAAUAUUCAACCGUCCGAAUGUGUAAUCUAUAUUUAUGAUUAGGACUUGGAACUUUAUGCAUUUAAAAUUUACAGAAAAUACCUUAGAAACGUCAAAAGAAAUCUGAAAAAAAUUAAAAAGCAAAAAUAACAGAGGGGUUUAAAUUUCCACCUCUAAUCAUUUAACCAUUAAAUUCAAUUAUCUAACACAUGUAAUUUUUCUUUUUUUAUAAUACUUACAAUUUUAUUUAAAAACUUGUGUUAAUAAUUUUUGUAGUGUUCGAAAACUGUAUUUUAUAAUAAGUUGAAGCCAUUAGAGGCAGGGGAGGGCUUGUUACCACUUUUUGUUAGUUUUUUUUUUUCAUAUGGAUUUUAAGUUCUUGAAAUCACAAGCCCUAUUUAUGAUGUAUUUGGUGUUUUAUUAUAAAAUUAUAUAAUAUAUUUUAUUCUAUGAAAUAAUUAAAAAUAUAAUAAUAAUUGUUUUUAAUACAAAAAUAAAUAAAUAAUAUGUUUUUCUGAAGGUGUUAAAUAAGAUAGAAAACCAAAUAGGUUGAGGUUAAAUUUUUUUUCAAAUUAUCUGGCCCCACUUAGAAACUAAUUGCCAACUCCUACUCUAAACUGUUGGAUGACUAUUAUCUGUAAAAUAAAUGUAUUUUCCAAUUUUAUCAAUUGUUAUAAAAUUGGUUUAGCAUAAUGUGAAUACCUUAAGUAAAAUACUUUAAAGUUCUUUCCUAAAUAAUAAUACCCAUUGUUAACUGAAAUAAUAUGAACAUGAUCACAUGUUUUCAAAUGUUAAUGAAUUAUAACUAUAUUUACUAUUUUAUGUUUACUUCUAUGACAGCUAAAAUAUUUUGACCAUUUUUUUGUUCAUUGUUUACAUAAGGUACUGAAACUCAAUCUUAAGCAUACAAUUUUGUUGAUUUAAAUUUUUAGAUUACGGUUUCAUUUAUCUACAUUUAGUUAGGAUUUUUAGAGUAUUUCUAUUGUUUGUUUUAUUGAAAUGUAGGUAUUGUACUUCUAACUUUUCAAGGGUAAUUGCAUUGUCUUGAUUAUUUAUGUAAUAAUUAUCAUUUCAUGGAAAUAUUGGAUUAUCAUAUUUUAAAUAUUUCUAGUAUUUAUUUUCCAUUGUCAAUAAUUAUUGAUACUUCUUCUGGUACAUUUAAAGUCCAAACCUAACUUUACUGCUAAAUAAUGCCUACUACACAUUUUAAUUCCAAGAAGAUGUUAACACAAUAACAAAUAUUUUUAAAGACAUUAAAUUUUCUUGUAAUCAUGAACAAUAUGUUAAUAAGUAAUUAAGAUAAUACAUUGCUUGUACAUUAUGGCGAUAAGAUGAUUUUUCACAUUUUUACUAUAGUACAUUAAUAUAGUAAUGUUUAAUUGUAUAUGAACUAUAUACACUUAGUGGCGUGGUGAACUCAAAUAUUUUCAAAAAUAAGAAUUUUUUUCAAAUACUCCUAAUUAAAUAUUUGGCACUUUUUUUUAUCACUUUCUUAAACCUUUUUAUAUGAACAGGCAUAUAAGUAGACCACUCAAAAAAAGUCAGAGCCUGCGUCUUCUAAAUUAUCCCCUUUACCAUACCACUUUAUACACUUCCUACUGGAUUGAACACUUUAUUAGUAACAUAAACAAUUUAAAUUUAAACUGUUUGAUAUUCUACAGAAGCAACAUAAAUAAUUUUUUUAUUUCACAUUUUAUAAGGAGUGACUAUUAAUCUAUGACUAGUGACUAUAUAAUCAUUUAAACAUUUAAUUUAAAAGAAAUAUUUAUAAUGAUUUUAAUAAGUUAUUAAACUUGUACAAUUUUAAAUGUACAUUGAAUUUUUAUAAUACAUAUAAAAUGGUGACAAUGUUGUUUGCAAUAGCUUAUAAUUUCAUAGAACCUUAUUGUAGUAAUGGUAUAGAAUCAACUAUAUAUUAACUAUUCAUUAAUUUUUUGGUUGGCUUUUUUAGGUUAAUUACUAUUUAUUUGUUAAGUUAAUAUUUUGUUAUAUUAUUAUACAAUUAUAAAACAAAUUAAACAUUUUUUUAUCAACACUGUAAUAUUAAUAAAUAUCCAUCACUAUAAAAUAAAAUAAUACUACUAUCAUUUAAACUGAUCUUUUUGUAGUUUUAUUGUAAAAUGUGUUAAAAUCAGGGUUCGGUUAUUUUAAAAUAAUUUUGAAUAUAAUUAGCUAAAAUAGUUAAUUAUUUUAAAGCAAGAAAUAAAAUAUAUGCAAAUUAUUAAAAUUCGCAAAAAAAACAUUUAUUUUGUUUAGGAGAUAUUUUUGUAGUUUUUCUGAAAAUAGAGACUUGCACUUAUUGUGUUCUUUUAUAAGUAUAUAGUGUAUAAAUCUUCUCGCUAUUUUUAGAAAUUAAUAGCUGAAAGUGUCAAUGAUAUGUGCCUUUUGAAGGUUUUAACUUUCAACCUCUACCUCUACCACUGUUACAAUUUAUACAAUUUUUUUCUUUUUAAUAUUAUAGUAUUUUAUUAUUAAAAUAUUCAAUUUUUUUAUUUGUUUCUAAUGAUCUAACCUAGAUUAAAUUUUUAAUCAAUGCUAAUAUUAAAUUAAAUUUUAAAACCAUUGGAGGAAAUCAAUACGAUGAAGAUGUUAGGAAAAUUAAUUUCAGCCUAUUUUACUUUUGGGUAAUUUCAUACACUUUAGAAAAAUUGUAUUCUUUUUUAAUUUUUUAUAUAUAUAAUAUUGAUUGAUUAAUUCUUUAUAUCAAUUGACUAUUAACGAACCCUGAUUGAAAUUAUAGAAACAAUAAUAAAAUAUUUUGUUUUUUAUUUUAUUAAAUUAUAUGAUAUACUAUGAUAGUAAGAUCAUAACAAAUUGAUUAAUUAGAUAAUAACAUUUAGUUUUGUAAAUAAUUUAAUCAGUGUCCAUUUUACAAAAAAAAAAAAUGUAACAUAUGUUAAAUGACUUUGUUUAGAUCUUGAAAAUUUUUUUAAUUUAUAUUUAGAAAUUGUUUAUUCUAAGAAUGUUGUAUGUAAUAUUGUGUAUUACUAUUGUUUAUACUGUCAUUGGGAAAAGACUAUUUUUAUAUAUUAUUUAUUUGUCAUGGUCAUUUUUAUUAAUGUAAUUAAUAUGAGUAAUUACUAAUAAUUUAUUUGUUGUGAUUACCUAAGAUUACUUUAAAUAUAUUAUUGUUAUUAUUAUAUCAUAUGUGUUUGCCUUAUAUAUUUAUUUAUUUAAUUUCAUAAAUUAUAUUUCUAUAUAGAAUACAUCUAUUGAACAUUGAUUUUAAAAUUAACUCAUUCAUAGUUUAUUUAAUAUUAAAAUGUAUUUUAUUAAAUUCCAUAAAAAAUAUAUAUUUUCAUUAAUUUGGCACACAAAUAUGAAUUUUAUGUUUUUUUCUUUUGUAAAACGGACAUUUUAUGUAAAAAAAAAAGUAUGUUAUUUUUGUUUUGUUUUUUUUUUUUUACUUAUUCACUCUGUUUCAUAUCUAUUGUACCGAUUCAAAAAUUGUAACGUAGAUAUAUAAGCAAACAGAAUGUCAAUUUUUAAUAGAAAUAUGAAUUUUUAUAUGUUGUCACAGAUGUAG